AGAGCUGGAGGCAGGGCCCUCCAAAGUCUGCAACUCUGCUCUCCACGUCGUUUGGAGAAAGUGAAAGCCAAGCAGAAAGCAAGAAGAAGAAGAGGAAGGGGAAAGGGAAAGGGAAGCUGUGGGGCCCUGGGGUCCCUGCCCCACUGCCUCUGGACCUCCAACUCCUCCAGGGAAGAAGAGAUAAAAGGCAGAAAUACAAGGCAUACCAACACAGUCCCACUGCUGCGUGAGCUGGCACCACCAUGGCCUUGCUGAAAUACAUCUGGAGACUGCGGUCACCUUGCAUGUUACCUCAUCAAGUCAAGAGAUGCCUGACUUCUCCAGUUGUGUCGUACUAUGACGCUAUAAACCAGGGCGAACAGGAGGUGCCUGAGUAUUUCAAUUUUGCAAGCGAUGUUAUGGACAAAUGGGUGCAAGUGGAAAAGGAUGAAAAGACGUCUCCGAACACAGUCUUCUGGUGGGUAAAUGAUCAGAAGGAAGAGGUGAAGUGGAGCUAUGAGGAAUUGGCAGUCUUAUCCCGAAAAGCUGCUAAUGUGCUCACUGGUCCAUGUGGCUUGCAGAGAGGCGACCGACUCAUGAUAGUUCUGCCAAAGAUUCCCGAGUGGUGGUUACUUGUUCUGGCAAGCGUACGGACAGGCAUUAUUUUCAUUCCAGGGACAUCCCAACUAACAGCCAAAGACAUUUCCUAUAGACUCCAGUCUUCCAAAGCCAAAUGCAUUGUAGUCAGUGAUGCAUUGGCUCCUGCAGUGGACUCUGUCAUGUCUGAAUGCACAUUUCUGAAAACCAAGCUCAUAGUGUCUAAUAGCAGCAGAGAUGGCUGGCUGAACUUCAAGGAACUUUUCCAAGCUGCACCUGCUGAUCACAACUGUGUUAGAACCAAAAGCGAUGACACCUUAGCCAUGUAUUUUACUAGUGGGACUACAGGGACUCCCAAAAUGGUGUCACAUUCCCACGCUUCUUAUGGCAUUGGAUUGACAACCGUUGGCAGACGCCUCAUGAACCUGAAUCGUUCAUCUGUAUUCUGGAACAUAUCAGACCCAGGAUGGGUAAAGGCAGCCUGGUGCUGUUUGUUUACUACUUGGAUGAAUGGGGCAUGUGUCUUCAUACAUCACUUGCCGGUGUUUGACCCUGCAGUUAUAUUAAAUACUCUUUCAAGUUAUCCAAUCACCAAUUUCUGCGCACCUCCAACUGGAUACCGGAUGAUGGUACAGCAUGAUAUCACAAGGUACAAAUUUAUGCGUCUGAAUCACUGUGUGACUGGAGGGGAAGCACUCAACCCAGAAGUGUAUGAGAACUGGAAGAAACAAACAGGCCUGGAUAUCUAUGAAGGAUACGGACAAACUGAAACAGUAGCAGUAUGUGCAAAUGAAUGGAGAAAGAAAAUUAAACCAGGUUCAAUGGGGAUGCCAUGUCCACCAUACGAUGUUCAGAUUAUAGAUGACCAAGGCAAUAUUCAGCCUCCAGGGACAGAAGGAGAUAUCGCUAUCCGAAUCAAACCGAAGCGGCCGUUUUGUCUUUUCCAACAGUAUGUUGAUGAUACUGAGAAAACCGCAGCCUCUGAGCGUGGGGAUUUUUAUAGUACUGGAGACAGAGGGGUUAAAGACGAAGAUGGCUAUUUUUGGUUUGUUUCAAGAUCGGACGAUGUCAUUAAUUCCGCAGGAUAUCGUAUUGGCCCCUUUGAAGUGGAGAGCGCCUUGAUAGAACACCCCGCCGUUGUCGAAUCUGCUGUGGUCAGCAGCCCAGACCCUGUGAGAAAAGAGGUGGUGAAAGCUUUUGUCGUCUUGUCUCCGAACUUUUUAUCACACGACCCAGAAAAGCUAAUGAAAGAACUCCAAGAUCAUGUUAAAAAGGUCACGGCUCCCUACAAAUAUCCGAGAAAGAUUGAGUUUGUCCAAGAGCUGCCAAAGACGGCUACUGGGAAAAUCCAAAGGAAUGUAUUAAGGAAACGAGAAUGGGGGAAAAUCUAACUUCACCGGAGCAUUUGCAAAUGAUGGAUCUCCUCGUCCUCCGUCCUUUUCCACCAUGAUGGAUAAUUUCUCCCUCUUGUCUCAAUAUUUGUUCUCAAAUGCCAAGCAGAAAGAUUGACACAAUCAAGAAAGAGCGAUAUUUUCAAUUAGAGAUGCUCCCAUAAUUGAUCCACAAUUUUUACUUAAAUUCAUUACUUCUGCCCUAGGAUUUUGGGCAAGUGAACUGAUUGGUAUUCUUUGCAAAAUGAAGCAAAAGUAUAAAGGCUCCUUCAUUGUUGCAUUUAAUAGAUAACAACAAAAUGAUGAUAAGUGCAUUAAAUGAACACUUAUGCAAAAUUAUACCUUUUAUCUCCUAGAAAAGGGGUGGGCAAUGUGUGCCACAUUUCUGCCCCCUUUAAGCCAUUUUAGACAUUUUAGACCCUGUUUUAAAAACAUGCUGUGAAAAAAAGGCCUCAUCUGACCCUAAAACAGCCCAAGGGAAGCAAAAAUGUGUCAGUAGAGCCAGUGUGGCAUAAUGGUAUCAGUGUUGGAAUACAACUCUGGAGAACAUGGUUCAGUUCCCAACUCGGUCAUGAAACCCACUGAGUGAACUUGGGCAAGUCACAUACUCUCAGCCUCAGG